UUUAAUAAAGGGGACCAGUAAAACUUUUGGUGGGCCAGUAAAAUUUGAAAGUUCACUGGUCCGACUGGCCAGCAAGUUUGAAAAGUUUUCAUGAAGACUGUUCAAGUGUUACAGAAAAUGGCAUGCUGUAAAAAUGACCAGCCAGAAAUUCGACUUGUUCUUCUCGGUAAAACUGGUAGUGGAAAGAGUGCCACUGGGAAUACCAUCGUAAACGAAGACAAGAAAUUUAAGACAGGUCUUGGUGGUCGCUCAGUAACCAAAACAUGUCAAUUUCACAUUGUGAGCAGAUUUGGUAGAUAUGUCGUUGUUGUGGACACACCUGGUGUAUUUGAUACCGAUACUCCGAAUAAUAGCGUUAUGACAGAAUUGAGAAAGUGCAUCUUGCUUUCUGCCCCCGGUCCCCAUGCGAUCAUUCUCGUAAUAAAUGUUCGCAGCAGAUUCACAUUAGAAGAAAACGAAACCGUAGAAAGGUUUGUUAGCCACUUUGGAAAGAAAAUAUACAGAUAUUUCAUCGUUCUUUUCACUGGGAAGGAUGAUCUUAUCAACAAUGAAAAAAGUGAAGAAGAAUACCUGAACGAAGUUCCAGAUAACCUUCAGGAAAUCUUAAGCCGUUGCGGAAAUAGGUGCAUAUUUUUCAACAACAAAGCAACUGCAAAAGAGAAAAAUCAACAAGUUAGAUGUUUGCUAGAUAUGGUAGAUGAAAAUGUAGCCGCAAACACAGGUUCGUUCUAUGAGGAUGCAAUUUACAAGAAGGGCGAAGAGGUGAUAAACAGGAUGAUACAAGCUCGGAAAACAAAAUAUCGGAGUGAAGACGUCACAGAAGCGUACCUUCGCAAUACGAUCAGAAAAGACGUGGGGAACGAGGAUGUUGAAACAAUGAAAACUUUAUUUAAAUUUGCUGCAUCACUUGGGGCGCUUUUUGUGGGUUUUGCGAUGUUAAAAAAACUUGGCUUUAGGUAAAAGGAUUAACUCAAUAAAGAGAAAUGAUCAAUAUCUGAACGUGGAGGCUUAAAACAAUUCAUUCUGUUAAACGAACUCAUGGAGUAUCGAUAUUGAUAUUUGUUUAAAAAUUAACUGUAGUUUACAAAAGUAAAAUAUAUUUACAGUUAUAAUUAUAUACAUGUACAGUUCUUUGAGGAUAAAUACUAGUAACACAAACAAAAAAUAAUAAUAAUGUUGUUGUUUUUU